AUGGCGAAUAACUCCACUACCACCAACGAUAAUCUUUUCUCAUCAUUGAUUUCCGACAUCAAAACCUACAAUGGUUCAGAUCCUCUUCUUCCAUGGCUCCGAGGAAUUAGGACGAUGAUAGAUGCGUUACCUCCUCAGCUACUCAAACAAAAACUUCCUCGAUUUCUUCAAAAAUGCGCUCAAACUUUUGAAACAGAUCUCCGUUACAGCAAUGAUUUACGCUACCUUCGCGUUUGGAUGAAACUGUUGGAUUUUGUUGACAACCCUGGUGCUGUUCUGGAGAACAUGAAGGCGAAUCACAUUGGGAACAAGAGGUCAUUAUUUUACCAGGCAUAUGCUCUUUAUUACGAGAAGAUGAAGAAGUUUACAGAUGCUGAGAAGAUGUACCAUUUAGGGGUGCAGAAUCUUGCAGAGCCGGCAGACGAGCUUCAAAAAUCAUUUGAUCAAUUUCUUCAUAGAAUGGAGCGACACCAAAAAAAGAGGACUCAACGUCAACAAAGGCGAAGUACAGGAGAUCUUUUAGGUGAUGGCAUUAAAGAUAAGGCAGAGAAGAUAUCAGUUAAAGGCAGGCCAACUGAAAGCUUACUGAAGGACAAGAAAGUAAUUUCACAUAAGGAAAAGGAGAAGGGAAAUAUGGGAAAUACUGGGUGUGAAAGUGAUUUAGAGCAGGUAUAUAGGACUGAAGCAGGCCUAGAUGUACAUGCCGGUGAUAACACAGUUGUGUUGAAAUUUGCAAAGACCGCCAUUGUAGGAAAAUCUGAAGCUGAAGAUGCACGCCAUCAUGGUCUCGUGGAGCCCACAAUCAACACGAAAGAGGCCAUGGAUGCAAUAAAUAGCAUGUUUCGUGAGCCUUUAGGCCCAGAACCUUUUCAAAAGUACAGUUCAUAUAAAAGCAAAGCAAAUGGUGGCGACUGCUCGAAGGACAGCUUCAAGGUGUUCAAUGAUGAUGACUCUGGUAUCGGGGUUGAAUCAUCAAAUGAAAAUCAACCAUUGGAGGAACCAUUUCAAAUAUAUUGUGAUGAUGAUGAUGAUGAUGAUGAGAAAGCCAAAUUUGACAAUAAAAUGGCUCCAAACAUGACAAAAGGUGCAUUUGUGUUUCCACAUCCCAAGGAUAUUCCUCUAGAUUGUUCCAAAGAUUCAGAUAAUACGGACAGACUUCCACAAGCAAAAUUUAAAGAAGAUACAGUCGUGUUCCGCUUUGUAGGUUCCACCAUAUCAGAUGAGCCGAAGGUGGAAAACGCAUGCCACCAUGGCCUAGUAGAACCCACAGUAAACUUGAAAGAGGCCAUGGAUGACAUUAAUAGCAUGUUCGGAAAACCAAUAGAAUUUGUAAGAAAGAGAAGACCAAGAAAGCAGGAGAAACCCUUUGAGGAGAAGCAAAACUGCAGCUCCUUUUUGAUACUUCCAGAUGAUGACAUGGACCAUCAUCAACAAAAGAUUUGCCAGCCAACUGGUUCAUCUUCAAGAAAGGAAAACGAUCUUUUUGAGCAGACCGUAUGCACAAAGGAGGCCAUGGAUGAUAUAAACAAGAUGUUUGCAAUGCCAUUGGACUUCUGA